UUCAUUGGAGAGAUGGCCUAAAUUCUUCAGUUUGUAGUUAAUGUUAUGAUUCGAACUUAACCUUUCCAAAAAGGCGCCAAUUUGGGCGCGAUCACAGCAUUUCCACACCGCCCCAUUGAAAAGGCGCCAAAAUUUCACAAGCUGCCAUUUCCUCUUUCCUUCUUCACUUCAACCCUAAAAUUUCUCCAGCGAUUACUCACUUCGCCUUUCUAAAUUCGAAUCAGUUCAAAGAAAUGAAGGGUGGGACGCUUCAGAUCAACUGGCACGACUCAAAGCCAGUGCUCACUCUAGAUUUCCAUCCAAUUUCAGGUCUCCUCGCAACUGGCGGAGCCGAUUUCGAUAUCAAGGCCAGGAUUUGUUCUGAGUAUCUGGAUGUAUAGCAAUGGGCUAACUGUUACCCUCGAUUCCUCCAGCUUUGGUUAUUAAAUUCAGGGGAAGAACAGAAAAAGGUACCUGGUGCUACUUAUCAAAGCAGCCUUUCUUACCAUGGUUCUGCUGUUAAUUGUCUUCGUUUCUCACCUUCUGGAGAACAGCUUGCCUCUGGUGCCGAUGGUAGUACUUUCCUUAACUGCAGCUGGAGGCGAGCUUAUCAUAUGGAAAUUGCACCAUGUGGAAACUGGCCAGUCUUGGAAGGUCCUCAAGACAUUAUCAUUUCACCGGAAGGAUGUGCUGGACCUACAGUGGUCCCAUGAUGGUGCAUAUUUAAUAUCUGGAUCCGUAGAUAAUUCUUGCAUCAUAUGGGAUGUAAGCAAAGGAUCCGUACAGCAGAUUUUAGACGCCCAUUUGCACUAUGUUCAAGGUGUAGCAUUGGACCCAUUGGGAAAGUAUGCUGCUUCUCUGAGUUCAGAUAGAAGUUGCAGAAUCUAUGGCUACAAACCCCCAACAAAAGUAAAAAACAGUGAGAAAAUGACUUAUGUUUGUCAACAUGUCAUUACUAAGGCAGAAAAUGUUGCAGUUGAUGACUCUAAGUCUGCCAGAAACCAUCUCUUUCAUGACGAGACAUUGCCAUCUUUCUUCCGAAGGUUGGCCUGGUCACCUGAUGGAUCUUUUCUACUCGUGCCUGCAGGUAUUUGUAAAACAUUGCCAGCAUCUGAACCGGUAAAUACGGCCUAUAUAUUUUCUAGAAAGGAUCUCUCAAGGCCUGCUAUUCAGCUCCCUGGCGCCAGCAAGCCGGUUGUAGCAGUGUGCUUUUGUCCAAAGCUUUUUAAACUUAGAGGAUUAAAUUCAGCUGGGUUUUUUAAGCUUCCACAUCGGGUGAUUUUUGCAGUAGCAACAUUAAAUUCUUUGUACAUAUAUGACACUGAAAGUGUUGUGCCACUAGCAAUCAUGGCUGGCCUUCACUAUGCUGCCAUAACGGAUGUAGCGUGGUCGGCAGAUGCUCAUUAUUUAGCAGUAUCUUCUCAAGAUGGUUACUGCACCUUGGUAGAAUUUGAAAAUGACGAACUAGGAUUACCAUUCGCUCUGUCAGAAGAUGAAAUAGGAACAACAACCGAUCAUAAUACGAGUUUAAAAGAUGUGGGGACUAUAAAUGACUACGAAAAUAGGAAAAUAGAAGCAGAAGGGAAACAUGAAAACAAAAGCGUUGAAAAGCCAGAAAGCAUGGUGAUUGAAAAAGCUUCAAGUGGAGACAAUCUCGUUGAAUCUGACUGCAGAGGACACGAAAUUGAAAAGAAGGCAAGUAAACAAGUAUCUAUAAGCUCUUCAAGCAACUCUGUUAAGCCUGCCAAAAGGCGCAUUACACCCAUGGCUAUUGAUCCAUGAAAGGUACAUUCCCAACUGUAUAUUCUUUUCACACCUACAGAUUUUGGUGAGUUAUUUUAAAAGCACCCAUGGCUGUGCUUGAUCAAAUGUUGGUUACCCAUGUAGCUUAAAUGGUCAUUUUUACAAUGAUUGGUGUAUCAUCUUUGAUCUCAUUUUCUAGAUGAUUAAGAUUUUAAUGAUAUCCAUAUUUAGUUUUCGCUUC